GAGAUGCCAGUACAAUGUUCCGCGUGGGGAUCCUCGAGGAUCAUCCUGCUAUAACGUGGCCAUGGCGUAAUGAAAGAAGAAGAAUGCAGCACGGCAAAGGAGGCUAGAUGAGCCCCAACUUUCAGAGAGGGGCGUGUGCAGAUCACCAAGAAACUGUUCGCGAAGCACAAAACCGCACAUCUCUGAGAGAAAACGAAAGUGGAAACAAGCACGUGUGUGGAAGAAUACGCGGUCCAUACCUGGUCCGCCAUUUUGGCGGUAUGGUCCUUUGGGCCACUAUACUAUUCCUACAAGGAGCUGGUUUCGUAGGCUCGGUGACAGGUAUUCCUGGUGUUCCGGAAAAUAUAACGGUGAUGUUCCUGAAUCCGACAUCUGUCCGCGUUUCUUGGAGUACCAGUCAGGUCGAACAAGUCGAAAAAUACGACGUCACGUAUAAACCAACCGAUGCCAGGAAACACAACGACAGUUACAGGGUGGUGGCGGUGGUCGCAGGAAAUAGCGAAGCGGUUACACUGAGCGGACUCAGGGCUGAUACGCAGUAUCAGCUGGUCGUCACUGCUGUCAGAGCCGGUAAAAAAUUCCGGAGUCGACCGAUCGUCUUCCGCACACUUGAGCCACCGCGAACAUCCCCUCAACAAGAUGCAACGGUAACUGGCGGCCCACUUCCACCCCCUCCACCUUCUUCUCAACAACCACAACCUGACAUACAAGUUCGUGGCGUAGAAGUGGGCAUAGUGGUGUUGGUGUUGAUGUUUUGGGUGGGCGCGAUAGUGCUGUUCUUCAAUCGUUGGGGAAAGAUUCGCAUGUUGCUGCCAUACCAACCUGAUUAUAAGGAACAAUUGAAGGUUCCAGGGACUGGGGUAUGCACAGCGGCAAACGCCGCGUACACGCAACACCCGACUCAACACACUUGCUCUCAGCAUCUGCACUGGUCGAGCCAUCACGUGGACUCUUUGGAUAGCGGAGGUGGUUUGGGAUGGCCGAGGACCUCGAGGCCGCGCGUAAACAGCGCAAUAGACGUGGCCGGCUUCCUAUCCCAGGAAUUUUUACGACGGCACGGUUCAACGUCGAAAUUGUGUCGGAAGGUUCGCAGUGCAGAUAACUUGCCACUCGCGUCGACAAAUCGACAGCAAGAUCAACGAAAUUCAAAAGAAGAGGGUAUCGAUGGCGAUAAAGAGUCGUUCCUGAAGCCAACUCAAGAGGAGAGAACGGAAGAUUUGGAGUCGAAAAGACAGAGCAGCCUCGAAAGUGGCCCGAAAGAUACUCCGGAGGUGUUGUUGCUCGAUCCAAAUCACCAACAACAGUCUUCAAGGGAUUCCCCGGUGACGUCUUCAUCGUCGUUCGUUAGUCGACGUUUCGGGGGAUGGCGCGCCAGCGGAAGUCACGAAUAUGUUCGGUGUCCUGUACGACAACCUGCUUCCAUGGAUGAACGGUGUUAUCGGCGAUCUUGCGAUACCGACGCUCGUCUAGCCCGCUAUCAUCAUUAUCAUCGACGUGCCGGGAUCGAGCGGCAUUCGAAGAGCUGCGACUACUCGAGGCGUACACCCGAAUCGAGCAUCGAGGUCCAACAUUUUGGCCUGCCCAUACUUAGCGUCAGCGAGCCCAGUCCACCGGAUGAAAACGACCGCGUCGACGAUUAUUUGUAGGACUUGCUUGCCGAGGACUUCCUAAAGGAGCUCCUCGUCUGAUCCCACAUGCUCAUCCCAUUACUUCGUGCAAUUCGAAAGCAAAAGUCGUGCACCGAAGGUAAACUCACGAGAACACAACACGCUUUUUCAAACAUACGGACAUGAAAACGU